GUUUUUGUUUUGCAGCUUUUCAUUAUCGAUCAAUCUUUGACAAAGCCAGUGUGGUGAGAAAACGCGCAAAAAAAUCAUUUCGUAUUAAUUAUAAGGUGAUAAAAUUUCGAUUCAAAAUAUUUUAUUUGCGAAUUUCAAUGUUCAAAAAAUAACUUCGUUGAAAAGCAAAACAACAAAUGGCAUCCACACCCAAAAGCGAUGAUGUCGUUUCUUUAAAUGAUUCUUGGAUCGAUAUCAAUGAAAAUACAACAUAUUCUCCCAGUGAUACACCACUUCAUAUCCUCAUGAAAAACAAUGGACCAACCCUACAAAGUUUGGAGAAAUUAUUAUUGGAUGCACAAAAAGAAAGCCAAACAGGACAUUCAUCAUUGAAAGGAUCAUUUUUGGGUUCAUUACCCAUCACGCCCGAUGGUUUACAAACUCCUCCGAAUAGCAUCUAUUUUAAUAAUAAUGAGCAUAAUGAUCGAAGUCAUUUGAGUACAGAUUGGAUAUGGGAUUGGAGCAAUCGUGAUCCAUUGUCUAAAGAAUGGAAUAAUCUACAACAAAAUCGUAAAACUCGUCCAACAUUUCGUCAAUGGAUAAUACGACGUGGAAUUUUAUCGAAAGAAGUUCUUUCAUUAUUAUUUUUGACCAAUGUUCUUUCAUUGAUUUUGGGUGCUGGAAUUGGCUAUACAAUUAUUCUACGUCGAGCUUUCUGACAAAUAACAAAAUUACUGACGAACAAAUGAAUGGUGUGUGAUGAAUGGAAAAUCAUUAAUAUUUUGUUUCUUAUCAUCAUCAUAUAUAAUUUAUAAUCACACAUAUAACUGUUUUUUUUUUCAUUUUACAUUCUUAUUAACCUGAUCAUUUUGCCUUUGUUUGUACACUUGUGCUUGUGUGUCUAAUUUGUGUUUGUUUAUUUAUCAUUUCAUA